GCAGACUGUCUGUCCUGCAGGAUCAGGUGGUGUUGGCGGUUUGUCAGCAGUACGUUGCCAUCGGCGACCAGGUGGUGACUCUGGGAGACGGGGACGAGGUCGCCGUGGUGCCGCCGCUCAGCGGAGGAUAAAGACAGACGAUGGCCGAGUCGGAGGAACGGAGAGACGUCUUCAAGCUGAGCCGUGAUUGGCUGUCAGUACAGGAAGUGGUGGACGCCGUCAGCAGCUCUUCCUGUGGAGCCAUUUCAGUAUUUAUAGGUACGACCCGUGAGGACGAGGUGGGCGGCAGGAAGGUGAUUGGUCUGGAGUACGAGGCGUACGAGCUCAUGGCCCAAUCAGAGUUCAGUAAGCUGUGUGCUGACAUCAGAGAGCGCUGGCCAACCGUGACACACGUCUGUGUCCAUCACCGCCUGGGGUGGGUGAAGGUGGGCGAGGCCAGUGUUGCCAUGGCGAUCUCGUCUCCUCAUCGCCAGGACGGCCAGCAGGCGAUCCGGCACUGCAUCGAGCAGCUGAAGGCCAACAUCCCCAUCUGGAAGAAGGAAGUUUACGACACGCAGGAGGCGAGCUGGAAGGAGAACGCCGAGUGUUCGUGGGCCGCUCGCAGUAAACGUCAUCCUGCUACGUCCUCCACAGAGAACGUCUGAGCUGCAGAUUAUUAAUAAAACACUGAAUUUAUUAAGUUUGAA